GCAUGCUUAUAUGCUUGAUGCAGAGAGGAGACAUGUUUGACCUUGCCACAUCGGGACUCGUUGUUGGAUACAUAUACUUUUUUUGAUCAUCAUUAUCCUCCUCCUCCUCCUCCUCAUCAUCAUCGUUCUUAUCAUCAUUGCAGUCAUCUGUCAGCCUUCUAGUAAAGACGAUGCUGUACCUUACACAACUUACCGGCUUUAUCCUUAUAACACUCAUAAAUGGCGAAAUGAGUGAAGAUUGCACUCCUGAUUGCCCUUGCCUGACUGACCUUCCUGAGCUGGUGGUGCGAUAUGGAGAUUCUGUCUCGUUGAGUUGCGACCCUUUCUCCAACGGGACUGAUCUAAGUUGGACAAUUACAUGGGAUGAUAUGUUGAUUCUUGAUAAAGAGUCCUUCACCAUGGAAAAUCUGACUGACUGGGAAAUACAGCCUAUGUGUCAGAAUGGUGAUCAAUGCAACAGAACUCUCCCUCUUACUAUUUACAAGCUUCCAGACCAGGUGUCCAUCAGUACCGUGAAUCACACAGGGCCGAUGAUGGAAGGCAGAGACUACGAGCUCCAGUGUGACAUUCGGAAUGUUGCUCCUCUUAAGCUCCUUACUGUAAAAUGGUUCAAAGGAAAUGAAUCAGUGGGCAACAUAAACUUUCCUAAUAAUUCCACCAAGAAUCCAGUAAAUCAGUCCACCAGGCUCCAGAUCUCCCCAAGCGCAAAUGUUACGUACAGAUGUGAGGCAAUGCUCAAUCUGGGACCAAGAGGACCUCAGCCCUCACCUAUAGUGAAAUCAAACAAACUCAACAUUACAGUACACCCAUGCCCUGACCUUGUCCUGGACCCUCCUGAGCUGGUGGUGCGAUAUGGAGAUCCUGUCUCAGUGAGCUGCCGUUCCCUGUCUGAAUACACUGACCUGGGCUGGGAUGUUUCACUGGGAAGUGUUUCAUUGCUUGAUAAUAAGACUGUUAUCUGGAAAACAGACCAUCUGACUGACUGGGAAAUAGUGCCAGUGUGCUACAUGAUCCUGAAUGGUGUACAAUGCAGGAGGACUCUCCCCCUCACCGUGUACAAGCUUCCAGACGAGGUGGCUUUCAGCAUCGUGAAUCAUGUAGGACCGAUGAUUGAAGGCAAAAAGUAUGAGCUCCAGUGUGAGGUUUAUAAUUUUGCUCCUGUGAACGUCCUCGCUGCUUUCUGGUACAAAGGGGAAGAGUUAUUAAAAAAUAGAGGAUUUGCAGAAUUGCCCACCAAAACUCCUAGUAAUAAGACGGUUUCACAUAAGAUCACUGCUGGCAGAGAUGAAGGUGAAGCUCAGUACUGGUGUGAGGCAAAGCUGAAACUGGGACCAGCAGGACCUCAGCCUUCUCCUAUGAUCAAAUCAAAUCUUCUUAAAGUUGCAGUUCACUACAAACCUGUAAUUAAACCUUGUUCAGAUUGGUCCCCUAUGAUACACACCCCCUUGAGCUCUUUUCCUUAUAAUGUUACGGGAAACCCAACUCCACACAUCAACUGGCAUCGAGACAAAUCACCGGUCAGCUCUGAUAUGAUUCUCAGCGGGAAUGACUCGGGCACGUAUGAAUUACUUGCGAACAACAGCAUGGGAAGAGCAUCCUGUGUCAUAAAGAUCACAGUGGAGUAUGCUCCUACAUUUGCCUGUCUUCCAAGCUAUGAGGGACGAGAGCAUGACUCCUUCUUAGAUAAAUGUUCAGUUAUGGCUUCUCCUGUAGCAAACAUCACAUGGGAAAAAGAUGGAAAAAGGGUGAACCCUCUUCAUCAUCUCACAAAGGGAGACAGUGGCACAUAUGUGAUAACAGCCACGAACAAGCAUGGAACUCAACAGCACAGUUUGACCAUUAAUGUUCUGUACAAACCUGAAACGAAUUGUUUAAAUUGGUUUCCUAUGAUAAACACUCCCUUGAGCUCUUAUGCUAAUAAUGUUGUGGGAAACCCAACUCCAACUAUCACCUGGCAUCGAGACAAAUCACCGGUCAGCUCUGAUAUGAUUCUAAGCAGGAACAACUCGGGCCGAUAUACUUUAUUUACAAGCAAUCUGAUGGGAAAUGCGUCCUAUAACAUAAAUAUCACAGUAGAGUAUGCUCCUACAUUUGCCUGUCUUCCAAGCUAUGAGGGACGAGAGCAUGACUCCUUCUUAGAUAAAUGUUCAGUUAUGGCUUCUCCUGUAGCAAACAUCACAUGGGAAAAAGAUGGAAAAAAGGUGAACCCUCUUCAUCAUCUCACAAAGGGAGACAGUGGCACAUAUGUGCUAACAGCCACGAACAAGCAUGGAACUCAACAGCACAGUUUGACCAUUAAUGUUCUAUAUGGUGCAAACAUUCAGUACAUCAGUCCUUCGGCAGGAGUGAACGUGGGCGAGAAGGUGUCGCUGCAGUGCACUGCGGAGGGGAAUCCAGUACCUGAAGUAAGGUGGACCUUUCAAAAUCAAAAUAGAACCACAGGGAGGCAGCACACACCGCUAAACAUUGAUAAAGCCAAGAGUGCUGAUGCUGGUCAAUAUACGUGCAUUGCUACUAAUGAACUCGGGACUGACACAAAGACAGUCUCACUGACAGUACAAGAAAUAAACCUUCGAUUAAUUAUCAUUUUGACAGUGUUGAGUUUAGUCCUUUUAUUUUUUAUUAUAUAUAUCAUAUACAAAUGUAUUCAACGCCGACGAUCUGGACAGUACAACGUGCAAGGGACUAAGGGUGCAGUCAGUGUACCACUAGUACAAAGGAAUAAUGGAAAUGGUAUGAAAGAAGAUGACUCCUAGUUAAAAAUGCCUCUGAUUUUGAAAUUAGAUGAGCAUUUGUGUUUUAAACCCAAGGACUGACUAUUUCUGAAAUUAAGCUCUAUUUGCUUUGUUUAUGCUGCAAUCACUUGUAAACACAUCAGGGUUAACAAAUAUCAUAUGGGGUUACGAUUGGGGAAUAGUUUUCUUAAGCUCAUGUUUUGUACAUUGGUGUGACAGGGCCAAUACUGUAUGUAAAUAGUUUUUCUUUACUGGCAAUUUUGCACUGUUUUUUUUAUUUAACCCUUUAUAAAGCACACAUUAAAGUACUGUAUGUGGAAGUCCAAAAUUUUCAUGACUUUUUUUUUACUCUUGUAAUUUUUUUCCAAAAUUUGUAAUCUUAAGCUUGCAUAUCAGUGAAGUUACUACACACACACACACAC